AUGAGAACCACUGGAUCAAAUGAUUCCACGUAAGAAAGUCAUGUCAUAACCUCGAAUAAAAUCACUCCUGUCAUUCAACAAUAUUUUUCCGGUUAAUGAUGUAAAUUAAUGUCACUCUUUAACUAUUGUGACGGCACAAGUGUAACGAUCAAUGAAGUAAUAGUAUCAACAAGAUGAAUAAAACGGAGAAGCUCUUAGCUGCUAGGAGAAAGCUGAAGGAAUUUCAACAGCACAAAUUGAAUCACAAUCAUCAUCAUGCAGAGGCUGGUGAGCCAAAGCCGGAAAUGUCACAGAACAAUGUGCCAGCAGUACCUCUAGCCAUCCCCCAGGAUCACCCCCAGCAGUCCACAAUUUCUUCUCCACCUGCAGUUGCCAUCACUACCCAGAUUGAGUCUCCAGCUUCUCAGACCCUUUGUAGCCCCCCCGCACCGCCUAUCCACCCCUCGAACAACCUCUUCUCACCCCAGUCAGUCCCUGCUCCCCAGGAAUCACUUGUCGAGCCCCAAAGACAAGAAGAAACUUCGCAGACACCUGAAACCCUUUCAGAGUCCCUCAACUCUCAUCAACCUUCCGGCUACGACCCAUUUUCCUCCCCUCCAGUCCUCCAAAAUGGAACCUUAGAAGUCCCAACACCUGAGAACCCAUCCCCAGAGGAUUCUCCCUCACUCCAGAAACAACAUCUCUUGCAAAUGGCCUCAGAAGUUGCAAACGCCCUCGUCGACUCUGAAAAUGAGACUGCAUCACCCCCCAUUCACUCAGACCUGGAGUAUCAAAACCAGUUCCUGACAACGUGCCUCGACGAGCAGAAACGUCUGGUGAACCAGCUCCACAUCCAAGUGAGUCAAUACAGCUCUCGUGUCUCUGAACUAGAGGCUCUACUCUCCACAAAAGAGGCAGAAUACGAAUCCAAGCUUCUUCGAGAGCUGAAUCCCCUGAAAGAAGAAUUAAAACUUCACGCCCAGGCCACGGGGAUACUCGUCGCAGAGAAGGCAGAAUUGUCAUCUGCCAUCACCCAGUAUCAAUCUAUCUCCCAGCAGAGAUCAUUAGAAGUCGAAGAUCUCUGUCUCAAGCUGAAGAGUUCGAAUGCCAGGACAACAGAACUUGAGCGUGAAUUAUCUCACUUGAAAAACGCAACAGAAGAGAUGAGAAAAAAUUACCAUCAACUGCAGUCAGAUUACUCCCACCUCGAAAAGAAGUUUUCAGAUCUGAAGAAAGAUAAAGAGGAACAGCAGCUGGAGACAGCUGAACUCCGUCAAGAACUAAAUCUGAAGAACACAGAGUUAUCGAACCUCCAUCGAGCGCUCAACGAAAAGAACAAUCUUCUGUCGCUAUCAGAACUUAAAAUCCAACAGCUAACGAAUCCCCAGGAGAUGCAGGCCCUGGAGGGCCAUCACCAAACACAGACAGUUCUCGAGCAACAGCUCUCCCAGUUGCGAGAGACUCUGAAGUCCGUUAACAGCGAGAAGGAAGAGACCAGCAAGCAUUAUGAGAAUUACGUAAAGCAACUGGACAGCAGAUAUGACAAGGUUGUCCAGGAACUCGAAGCGACAAAGUCUAAAAUUUUAGAGAACGAAAAACGUGAGGAGAGUCUCGUCCAGCGGCUGUCAGUGAUGGAGCAGCAGUACCAAAGGGAAAAGCAGAGGGUGGAGUCUCUUCUGCCUCUGGAAGCCCACGAGGAGAAGAUCAGUCACCUGACGAAAAGCAUGGACGCCUUGGUGGUGGAGAACGAGACUCUUCAGGUGAAUAUUCGUGAGAAGGAAACUGAAGUCGAAGCUAUGAAGGAGGAGCUACAGCACCUGCGAGAGCUGAAGGAUCAGAACGUGGAGUCGUUGAAGUUGGCCAGUGCUCUUGAGAGCGAGCAGCUGGGGGCAUCGAGGGCAGUCUCCCAAAAUCAGGAGCUUAAAUCACAAUUGAAUGAGAUGCAUGAUGCAUUCGUUAUGUUGAGUAAUUCGAAGCUCGAUCUGACUGAACAACUGCAGGGGGAACGUACCAUCGGGAGAAAACUCAAUGCAGAGUUGAAUCGUGUUGAGGAUGAGAGGAACGAACUGAGAGAGGAAUUGAAGAGGAAGGAUGCUGUUAUCGAGGAACUUGAGAAGGAUAAACUGCAAACUGCUCAGGUUGCUGAUCAGAUGCAGCAUUACCAGGUGCAGUACAAUCAGAACAGAACUCUUCAGCAGGAACUGCAGAGUACCCUGAGUGCUUUGGAAUUGCUGAAGAAGGAAAAUCAGAUGCUGCUGGGGCAACUUCAUGCGCUGGGGAAGGACUCGGGUGACGUUGAUGAGGGGAUCUCCGAGGGAAUUGAGGGGGAGGAGGUGGAGGCACAGGUGGAAGAGCCUGUUGUUAUCGUUGAGAAAAAACAUUCAGAAGUCCAGACCAAUGGUGAGGACGUCGAGGGGGAGAUACUGUCGGAGCCACUAAAACAACUGGAGAUGAGGUUCAAGGAGACGAUGGAAAAAGUUGCAGAAUUGACCGACGAGAAGCAAAAGCUCGAGCAUUUGGUACUACAGCUCCAGGGGGAGACUGAGACCAUUGGGGAGUAUAUCACUUUGUAUCAGAAACAACGUGCCAUUCUUCAGAAGAAAGCGCAGGAGAAGGAACAAAUGUUUAGGCAGUUGGUGGAGCAGAGGAACCAGCAACAGGUGCAGCUGCAUCAGCUGAAGGUUCUCGUUGCUGAGCUACUCAAGAGUCAGACUGGGUUGAACUCUGAGAAUCAUUUGCCUGAGGAGCCUCUUCCAGAGGGACAGGAGCACACACAUGAGGAAGAAACGAAUAGAGAAAAGGCAUCAGAAGAUCCUAAGCCCGAAGGGUCUACGAUAGAUCUGAAGAACGACACUGCAUCGAAAAUCCUUGAUCUUUUAACAGAAAUAAAAGAUUGCAAGGACACGUGCUCGAUCGAACCGAAUUUCCACCCCUGUCUCUGGUGCUCCGGAAAGCUCAUCACAGUCUAACGAGUUUUCUUCUAUUUUUAAUACAAAAAUUGGCCUUGCAUGUAAUUUAUUCAUAAAACAAGGGAAUAAUGUAAAUAGAAAAAAUAGUGUAUAUUUACAUGCCGUUAUUUCAAUAUUUUUUCAGGUUUUUCUUGAACUAAUUAUUGCUAUCAAACUGCAUUUUAAUAUAUUUAAUUUUCUUGUUAAUAAAUUCCUGGUGCAACGUUGAGGCCUCUGCAUACAAAGGCAUAAGUUAACAUUCACGAAGUUCAAUAGGUAAUAUUUGACUGAGACGUUCUGGUAUUGUAAAGUUAAUAAUCAGAUAAUUGAGAAAUAAAAUUUUUCAUACCCCACUGA